UGCAUAUCGGUCAAAUUCGCUUUGAUUUAUUCAUCCAUGCCCAGGUAAUAAAUUACACAUUACCCAAUGUUUACCUUCUUUUAAUCUAAUCAUCAUAACUUAAAUUCGAUUCAAUGGAUAUCGCGUCCUAAAUUAAAAAUAAAAAGUAAGUCUUAAUCGACUUUAACACACUUGUACAAAAAUAAUGCAAACAAAUGGAAAGUAUGUAUCUGUAGUCUGUUGAUUGAUAAUGUAAUCAAAUUCUACGAAUCCUUCAACUGGGUCGACAACCGGGUCAACUGGGUCGAAUCUUUCAACUAAUCACGCACUAAAUUUUCCGAAAAAUACGCGUUUGUUAUAAUUGCUACCUUUCAAGUUGGUUUCAAUUGCCUUUGAGUACAACAAUAGUACGAUCUUUUCCCGAUCAUCAUUGAGCUUUUCCUAAUGCACAAAGUAAAUAUAUGUAUACAUACAUGCACAGUUAUCCAAGGGGAUCCAUGUAAAUCCACAAUUUCCUCAGGUGACUGACCGCUGGAUAAAUACAUGGGCUUAUCGUCAUUUUAUUAAAACAAUAUCUUGCAUAUGCAAAAAACAUUGUCGGUGGAUUUGGAUGUAGGUCAUUUAUUUUUUGGUAUUCACAUUCUCCGACUAGGUCACGAAAACGUUCAAAUAUUGAUUUGCAUAUUUGAGAUUAUGUUAUAAAUAUGUGCAACAUAAUUCCACAAAAAUUAAACUCUGCUAUGUAAGAGCAGUAGUUUUAAUUCGUGGAAUAAUUAUAAUCGAUUUCACUUCAAAGCCAAAGUUCAAAAAUUAUUGUUAAAAUUUUUCAUGCGCAUAAUGACUUACAUAUAUGUGUAUGACAAUUAGGUAUUUAACUUUAACCUGACCAGAGCUUUUGGAUUCACGAAUUUUCGAGUUAAACGAAUCCUGCUUAAUUUAUGGGUUGUACAUAUAUUUAUUUAUAUUUAUUAUUUAUAUACACAAGUAUAUUUAGAAUACACACCUGUCAUUCCAGCUCCACAAAUUAUUUUGUCAUCCGAGUUAAUACGAAAAUCGUUCAUUUCACUUUUGUUGCUAACCACAAAUUUUAAAAAGUUAGCAGACUCAAAGCUCACAAUUUUUCAGUUUUAUUACAGACAUUACAUGGACAAGUUUAUCGAUUUAUAUAAAAAAAAAUAUAAGUAACACAUUUCAGAGUUGGCUACAGAUAACUCGAUUUGCCAUUACGUAAGUUAGGUUGUAGUUUUACAAGAACCGUUUCCAUACACAAUUAUUAUACGUCAAUCAGCAUCAAAUGCAGAUCAGGCGUGCAUGACAACCAACUUGCGGGUUGUAUCAUUAUGUAAGUAUGUAUGUACGCGUUUAAUUGUCAUCAUGUUUAAAGCCCUAAAUAAAUAGGUAUUUGUGUGACGCCCUUACAUAACAAUGUUUGUUAACGACUUCAACCACAAAGAACGGCAAGUACCGAAGACAAUCGGUUUGUUCUCAUUUUUACCUCAUCAUUAAAUAUUACAAACGCCACUACUGCACAAUGCAAGGUCUCCGAACUUAGGAGUUCUGAGCCUAGAGUUACAUUUUAAAACAAAUUCCCUCAUAUCAUCGUGCUUGGAUUGUGCGUAAUGAGACUCUGUUUGAUUACAUAAUUAAAAAGUACGCAUUUUAGCUAAGGUUCCAUUCAAAUAUUUGCUAGACCAGUCGCACAAUGUAUCGACUGGCGUCCCUUCUACCCGUUUGCCUAUUGAUUGUGAUCAUAUUUACAAAUAUUGGAGUUGAGGUAAUAUCAAAUUGGAAUAUUUUUUUGGGCACAAAUUUCAACGUGACGUAUUGUAUAGGAAAAGAAGCUCCAUUCUUUGCAGAGGGCUAAGCGAAGUCCGUUUUUCAUGUUUAAGUGGGGAAUGAAACGCACAAAAAAGCCACUGGUACUCAGUCCUUCUAGUCCGUCGUCACCUCCUUCCUCCUCCGAUACAAAAACGAAGGACAAUAACAAAGCCGAUGUGCCAGGGUUACCUACCACAACUGAAUUGUACGAAACUAAUACUCCUCCCCCGACGACGACAACCACCCACCCUCCCACAACAACUACGAAGAAGCCAAUAUUUUCCACCACGACGGAAGUGCCAAAGCCCGAACCGAUUCAACAAGGGAGACGAUUUGACAGACUUAAAAACCUGCGUGGAUCAACACCCAACCCCGGAAGGAGCAAGACAACCGAAAUCCCACUCACGUUUGAUGAUGAUGGUAAAAAGUUGGAGGACGAGUCCUUGGUCAUACCGGACGAUGACGAUGAGGACAAUACUGGUUCGGUGGCAGGGAAGGGGAAGCCGUCAACUGGAAAAUCAUCAACCGGAAAGUCACACGUAAAAAAUCACAAGGACAAGGCACGUGGUAUGAAAAGGAUGGACCGGUUGAAAAAAUUCAGAACGGAAACAACGCCAGUUCCAACCACAAUCACAACCGAGGAACCGAAAUCAAGCGGUGGCAGCAAAAAGGAUAAUCCAUUCAUGCCGAAGAAGGGAAAGAGGGUCGAUAGGCUAAAGAAAUUCCGCGAUGCUGAAACCACCGAGACUCCAAUGACAACUGAUGUACCCUUAACAUUCGAAGAUGACGGCAAGAAAUUGGCUGAUGAGUCCUUGGUAAUUCCGGACAAUGAUGACGAUAACCCGUCAGCAGACAAGAAGGGUGGGGCACAGGCUGGCGGUGCAGGAAGCAAGCCAUUCAAAGUGUAUAAAGGUAAAAGAGUUGACAGACUGGCCAAAUUUCGAGUCACCGAACCUCCCAAUAAUGGCGACAAAGGUGGUGGCAUUAACAGAGCAAAGUCAGUCCCCAUCACAACGGAGACUCCGCCUGACUCUGACCGGAAAAAGUUGCCAUUUGCGAUCAAUAAAGGAAAAAGGGUGGACCGACUUAAGAAAUUCCGCGAUGCGGAAACUACCCUUGCUCCAACUACGACCGAGAGCCCACCAGAUGAGACAACUCCAAACAAUAAAAAAGAUGGUGGAAGCAAAACUAAAUCAAAUCCAUUCAUGCCAAAGAAGGGAAAGAGGGUGGACAGGCUAAAGAAAUUCCGCGAUGCCGAAACCACUGAGAUUCCAGGGACCACAGAAACACCACUAACAUUUGACGAUGAUGGAAAGAAAUUAUCCGAUGAAUCGCUAGUCAUUCCCGAUGAGGAUGAACCUGAUUCUAGCAAGAGUGAUGCAAAGUCUUCCACUGGCGACAAAACGAAAGCCAACCCAUCGGACAAAAACGGUGGCACAAAGAAAGCUAUCGUUGGCAAAAACCAUGCAAAAAAAGGAGAAGGAAAAGGACAAGGACGAGGUAUGGUUCGUAAGCAAAUGACGACUGAAGUUCCUUUAACAUUUGAUGACGAUGGCAAGAAAUUAGCCGACGAGUCCUUGGUAAUACCGGACGACGAUGAGGACGGUACAGAUUCAGUUGCAGGGAAGAAAAAGCCGUUAACGGGAAAGAAACAUGGAAAAACUCAAGGGGACAAAGCACGCGGUAUGAAAAGAGUGGACCGCUUGAAGAAGUUCAAUAUUGAAACCACACCCGUUCCAACAACUACCGAGGAACCGAAGCCAAGUGGUGGCAAUAAGAAGGAUAACCCUUUCAUGCCGAAGAAAGGGAAGCGAGUGGAUAGGCUAAAGAAAUUCCGCGAUGCCGAAACCACCGAGAAUCCAACGACAACUGACGUACCAUUAACAUUCGACGAUGACGGGAAGAAAUUAGCGGAUGAGUCCUUGGUAAUUCCGGACAAUGAUGACGAUAAUCCGUCAGCAGACAAGAAAGGUGGGGCACAGACCGGCAGUGCUGGAAACAAGCCAUUCAAAGUGCAUAAAGGCAAGAGAGUUGACAGACUGGCCAAAUUUCGUGUCACCGAACCUCCCAAUAAUAGUGACAAAGGUCGUGGCAUCAACAGAGCAAAGUCAGUCCCCAUCACGACCGAGACUCCGCCUAACUCUGACCGGAAAAAGUUGCCUUUUGCCAUCAAUAAAGGAAAAAGGGUGGACCGACUUAAGAAAUUUCGCGACGCGGAAACUACCCCUGCUCCAACGACGACCGAGAGCCCACCAGAGGAGACAACCCCAAGCAGUAAAAAAAAUGCAAAUCCAUUUCUGCCUAAGAAGGGAAAGAGGGUCGAUCGGCUGAAAAAAUUCAGAGAUGCUCAAACUACACAGGUUCCAGUGACAACGGAUGUACCACUAACAUUUGACGAUGACGGAAAGAAAUUAUCCGAUGAAUCGCUUGUCAUUCCCGACAAUGAUGAUGAUUCUAGCAGCACUAAAGGUGGCAAAAAAUCGUCCACUAGAGAUAAAACGAAAGCCAAUCCAUCCGUCGGCAAAAAAGAUGACACAGAGGAUAAGGCUUCCAAAAAAGCUAUCGUUGGCAAAAACCAUGCAAAAAAAGAAGAAGGAAAAGGACAGGGACGAGGUAUGGUCCGUAAGCAAAUCACCACUGAAAUUCCUCUAACAUUUGACGACGAUGGCAAGAAAUUAGCCGACGAGUCCUUGGUACUACCGGAUGACGAUGACGACUCGCCGAGUAGUAGCAGCAAAGACAAAAAAUUCAAAGACCAUGGCGCUAUUACACAUAAGAAGUCACAUCCGCCAAGCAAAAUAGUGGGUCGUUCCAUGCAAAGGGGGACCCAAUCCGAAAUUACAAGUACAACAGCUCCGGAAGCAAUCAGUGUGAAUAAAGUUGAACACACAUUUCCAGCCCCACCCCCAAACUCGCCACCAGUCGGCAUGGGCCAGUGGACACACAAGUUGUCAACGAAAUAAAAUUCAAUGCGAAUAAGUACAUAUAUGUUAAAUUCUUAAUUAUGCAUAAAUUUUACAGUGCUAUGAAAAUAUAUAAAUUAAGAUGUGAACAUAUGCAAUAACCUUAAGAAACCCCCCCCUUUUCAAGUUAAGAUAAUUGUCUAAAAAGUAAUUUACGUACUUUUAUCUUAUCGAGGAAGUAAAUA